CUCUGCUCUCUUGUUGUAUCUACGAGACCAAAUAGAUCACCUUUCUUACACAACUCUCUCAUACUAAUCAAAGAAAAAGGCAGAUCCAAGGUAUAGGUUAAGCUGUCAAUCUAUCAAUCAAUCAUCAAUCAAUCAACUCAGAGAUAGAGAGCAAUCACCAAUCAAUUUUUUUUUAAAGCACUUGAAAAGGGUUAAACACCAUGUCCAGCUCUUCUUCCUUAUCUCUGGACCACCUCCCUCCCUCCGAGCAGCUCUGUUAUGUCCAUUGCAACAUUUGUGACACUGUGCUUGCGGUGAGUGUUCCUUGCACCAGCUUAUUCAAGACAGUUACUGUUCGAUGUGGUCACUGCACCAAUCUCCUUCCCGUCAACAUGCGUGGGUUGUUUUUGCCUUCUGCUAGUCAGUUCCCCUUGGGUCACAAUCUCUACUCUCCUUCUCAUAAUCUCCUGGAUGAUCAGAUCCCAAACCCAACUCCAAACUUCUUGAUCAAUCAAACCCAUGUGAAUGACUUUAGCGUUACAGUUCGAGGAAUGGCUGAUCAUGAACUUCCUAGGCCACCCGUUAUCAACAGACCUCCAGAGAAGAGACAAAGAGUCCCCUCUGCGUACAAUCGCUUCAUCAAGGACGAGAUCCAACGAAUCAAGGCUGGAAAUCCAGAUAUAAGUCACAGAGAAGCAUUCAGUGCAGCGGCUAAGAAUUGGGCCCACUUCCCACAUAUUCACUUCGGUCUCAUGCCCGAUCAGACCAUGAAGAAGAAUAACGUGCGCCAACAGGAAGGAGAAGAUGUUCUGAUCAACGAUGGGUUUUUUGCUUCUUCUAAUGUUGGUGUCACUACCCCUUACUAAGAAGUACUGGAGCUGCUACGUACUUCUCAUCUUGUUAAUUUUAGCUUCUAAUCUUAGUAGUUGGAGAAAGAUUUUAAGGUUAAGACGUUUGUCAAGUACUAUAACUAGUCUAAUUACUUCAUUACCCAUCUACUACAAGCUCUUCUAAUUAAUGUAGACAUCUGAUGUUCCUAGCA